GGCAUCCAACAGUCACCCGCUCUAGCUGUGAAGUUGGGAAAACAAACAACCCAAAAAUGGCUUCUCUCAUUGCCACUCUUUUAGUGGCAAUAUUUUCCUUUAGCUUCCUGCCCUCUGAGAUCACAGCUACCUACGGUAACUCCUCUCCACCACCAAAGAAAUACCCUCCGCCGCCGCCACACGAUCCAUACAAGUACAAGUCCCCACCGCCACCUCCUCCACCUGUCCAUAAGUCUCCACCACCACCCCACAAGAAGCCUUACAAAUACAAGUCCCCACCACCGCCGCCUCCGGUUUACAAGUCUCCUCCACCACCAUCUCCCAAGAAGCCUUACAAGCACAAGUCUCCACCUCCAACACCACCGGUUUACACGUCGCCAGCCCCGCCGCCCCAUAAGCCAUACAAGUACAAGUCGCCGCCGCCACAACCUCCGGUUUACAAUUCACCACCACGGCCGCCCCAUAAGCCAUACAAGUACAAGUCUCCACCGCCACCACCGGCACACAAGUCUCCACCACCACCACCACCGAUUUACAAGUCUCCUCCACCGCCACCACCGGCGCACAAGUCUCCACCACCACCGCCGCCGUCGGUGCACAAGCCAUCUCCUCCUCCUCAUUACAAAUAUGCCUCCCCGCCUCCCCCAUACCACAUUUAGGUUAUCUGCUGGCCACUACCCAUCUCUAGCACUAAUGUGUCUCUUAUAGCUCCAAGGUAAUCAUAAUAACGUAUGCACGAUCAAGUUCGGUAUUAAUAUUCUUCCCGUAGUGAUAUAUAUAAUAAUCAUCUUUGAUAUUAACCAACGGGUCCAAAGCAUAUGUAAAUUAAACAACUCGCAGUCAAGGUGUUAUGUUAGAGAUAAAUCAAACAAAUAGCAAAACAGUACUAAUAUCAUUAAUUAUCGCAUAUUGAUUCAAUGUGGUGUUUGCAGGCCGGGAAAGAAUGAAGAAAGCGAGUUUCCGCGUUACGAGAGACUCGAGUAUUGUCAAUAUAGGACGUGUACGUCUUUUCUUUUUAGCAGAGAAAGGAAUUAAAUAAAAAAGGAGAGAGAACAGUGUGGGGGAAACAAAACAAAACAAAAGACAGAGACUAGUUUGUUUCGACAUUAAUUAUAUAGUCAAUAUAUGUAUGCUUAUGCUCGCCAGAUGGGUAGAGAAAAAAACCAGUACCAGGUUGCUGUUAUGAAAUGUUGUGUUUGAUGAUUGAUAUACUAUUUCCAAAUGAUCAUCCGUACGUAAACCGUUUGCAUUGUCGAUUUAGGUAGUUUGAUAAGUACCACUAUGUCUGGGACUACUUCUGAUCAUUCUGGACUACUGGUUAAUACAAAUUCUGAGCAAAA